CUUGGUUGCUAAGCGAUUGAGUUUCGUCUGCUAUACAUUCAGAAAACAAGAUUCAAUGUUAUUGGUGUUAUGUUAUUAAAAAUGAAGAUUUCUUUACAAAUUUUACUAGUUGGACACUUCAUUAUAGAGGUAUUCGUUUUCGGGUCCUUGUGUGAAGUCAUUGGAGAAGGACUCGACGAUGCUGUUCGUUCUGAUGACAAUAUUUCAGAUCCAAUUAUGGAAAGUUUGAGUAGUAGCUAUCUGAAUUCUUCGCUACUUAAUAAUUCUAUCGAAAUCACGUCAACCGGGAAUGAUUCUAUUACCAAUGACACCACAAUUUCAAAUGCUACACUGAUAAAAAAGUUUACCUGUCUUCUGGAUGACGCACCAGCUGAAGGAAAUUCAACAUUUCAGAUUGUCAAUGGAACAACUUUGUUGUCUGUACUGAAACAAAAUCAAAAUAUCACUUCAAGAACUCAACCAGCAACAUGUCAAAUAGUGGUGUUCUUCGCUUCAUGGUGUCCAUUUAGUAUACAGGCUGCUCCCCACUUGAAUGCACUGCCUCGAGGAUUUCCCAUGCUUUCUUUUUAUGCAAUUGAUGCCUAUACCUAUAAUAGUUUGAGCACUAUGCAAGGUGUAAUGGCUAUCCCAAGUUUUUUCUUGUUUCAUAAUGGUAAAGCAGCAGCAAGAUACAAUGAAACAGAAUACAAAGUAGAUCUCUUUUCCAGCUUUAUCACACGUUAUACAGGAAUACAGCCAAUUGGAAUAUUGAAUCGCACAACAGCUGAUUAUCAAGGACCGUUACCAACUAAUGUUUUAGAACAAACAGACCAAUGGUUGAUCCUUGCUUGGAUUGUACUCUUGCUUUCGAUGGUGUAUUGGUUUACUAGAUCGAAUCUCUUUUGGACAUUAAUGGAGAAUAUCCGAAAUACGUGGAGAGAGGCAGAAGCACAACAUCAGCAUAUCGAUUAGUCCGAUAUUAUUUAAGGUCUCUUUAAGUGUUGUAUUUUGUUUGAUUAAAUUACACAUUUUUAACAAUUC